UUCCACUUUCUGAAAUGCAUUGAAAAAGUACCUGCGUUGCCACGUCUGACUACUAUAAUAAAAACUUAAUCAAAAAGCUGCUGCUGGUCACCUUAAAUUAACCUUAAAGAAUUCGCUGAACCUGCCGGUUGUGUAAAUUCAAUAGGUUUUGCUUUGCAUUUACAUAUUUAUAUAUAUAUAUUUUAUAAAUAAAUAAUUUUAAUGGACGGUGUUAAUUUGUUUUCCCAAUUUGUGGUACAACACAAGCCACAAUUAGAGUCAUCAGGAGUGCCCCAACAUUUUUGGAAAUCUUUACACCGAAAGCUUGAAAAGGAAAUUUUUGAUGCUGGCAUAUCACUUCAGUUGCUACUAAUUGAUUAUGAAAGUGAUGAAGAAAGUGAAUCUGGGAUGACCGGUGGUGACACUAACAUACAAGUUAUCGCUGAAGAACCACGUCCAAUGUUCACUCUGUCUGUAGCAUGUGAAGGUGGGAUUAAAGCUAACGAUCCGGACGCUAUAUUUCUUAUUGAUCAUGCAUGGACAUUCCGCACGAAUAUCGCAAGACAACAAUUGGAACAAUAUGAACAGUUAACUGAUCGUAUGUGUGCCAUUAUGGGCAUUGAUAUAGAAGACGAAGGGCGUGUUGAUAAGGUUUUGCGCAGAAUGUGGCGUUACUGUCACGCGUAUACCAUUGCAAGUAAUGGACUAUCGGAUGAAGAACGACAACCUAUUUGGUAUGUUAUGGAUGAGGUCGGUUCGGCUGUAAAUCAUUCUGAUGACCCCAAUUUCCGUUUGGUUCCCUUCCUGUACCUCAAUAACCAAACAACAUUCAGUCUGUUGUUUCCCAUACGUGAUUGUGCUUUUGAGGAACAGGUGACACGCGAUCUUGUAGAGUACGUAAAACAAGACACAGCAGAACGUGAUGCUUUACUUUUACCAUGGCGUGCUACAGACUUACGUGAGCACAGUUUCGUACAGGUUGAACCAUCUGCAGAGUACUUCUCAAGUGGCCAUAUACCAGAGUCUUUUCCGGAAGGAGAAUUUGCCUUAUUAAAACCUCAAAUGAAUCGCAAUCAGCCCUUAAAAGUUUAUAGUGAAUACGAUGUGUUAAGUACACAUCUCACAGAUCCUAGUUUUCAAUUGGUAGCCAAUCAAUCGGAGGCUGAUGUGCUUUGGUUAACGCAUCAUUACAAAAAUUUCGCGGAGCUAGCCCGUGAUACACCCAAUAAGUUUGUAAACCAAUUUCCGUAUGAAUAUGUUUUGACUAUUAAAGAUUUGCUAGGAAUUACGGGAAGGCGUGCAGCUAAAGAACACCACAACUCUCAAACUUUGGAAACCUAUCCAAGCUGGCUGCCUACAACCUUUAAUUUAAAGACGGAGUUGCUGGAGUUCGCGUCAUAUUAUCAACAUCGUGCCGCCAAAGGUCUUGAUAAUCACUGGAUAGUGAAGCCAUGGAAUUUAGCGCGAGGCAUGGACACGCACAUAUCGGACAAUAUUGUACAGAUCGUGCGUUUGCCAAUCACCGGGCCAAAAAUAGCUCAAAAGUAUAUUGAACGUCCUGUCUUAUUUAAGCGUGCCGAGUUGGACGCAAAGGUCAAAUUCGACAUACGUUAUGUGAUAUUGAUAAAGAGCUUUCAACCGCUCGAAGCUUACGUGCAUCGAGAAUUCUUUCUACGAUUUGCAAACAAAUCCUUUAGUCUUGAUCAUUUCGAUGAUUAUGAACAACACUUCACUGUAAUGAACUAUCGCGAAGAGGCGGCUUUGCGACAUAUCAAAUGUGAAGAUUUUUUACCUCUUUGGAAGAAGCAAUAUCCAAAAUAUGAAUGGUCAAUUAUUGAAAAGGACAUUUUCUCGAUGUUACACGAGUUGCUAACUUGCGCAACAAAAUUGCCACCGCCCUGUGGCAUACCACCUUGCCAGCAAUCGCGUGCAUUGUAUGCUGCGGAUAUUAUGCUAGCUUGGGAGGGUCCGAACGAAGAGACCUCUUCGUCACAUAUGCAUCCGAAAUUGCUAGAGAUUAAUUGGACGCCUGAUUGUCAGCGAGCAUGCGAUUAUUAUCCAGAUUUCUUUAAUGAUAUUUUCAAAUUGCUUUUCCUUGAUGAAGAUAACAAUGAAAGAUUUGUGCUUUUGGGUGCAAUCGUUUAGAGAAUAUCAAUAGGAUGCAUAUGCUUUUACAAUAGAGCAUAACAUUUUUUGUAUAAUUUUUUUUUUUUAUAUUAAACAAAAACUUAAGUAAUUUCAAAA